AGACGGCGUCCCGCUACUCGUUCCUCCUCCUCCUGCUGCUGCGGAAGUGCCCGGCUGGGAAGUUUGCGGCCGGCGGCGGGAGGAGGCCGAGGGGGCUCUGUGGAGGUACGAUGCCGCCCAAAGGUCCCGGCAAAGGAAAGCUGCCAGUCCCGCUCCCUAAAGACAUGAUCCUGAAAGACACCGAAGGAAAAACCUGGAGGCUGGGCAGUCAGAUCGGCCAGGGAGGAUUUGGCCUGAUCUAUUUAGCAUCCCCUCAAACUCAGGUUCCUGUAGAAGAUGAUGCAGUGCAUGUCAUUAAAGUGGAAUAUCUUGAAAAUGGCCCCUUGUUUUCUGAGCUGAAGUUCUACCAGAGGGCUGCAAAACAAGAGCAUAUAAGAAAAUGGAUGAAUCUCAAAAAAAUAAGAUGUUUAGGAAUUCCAGUAUUUUGGGGAUCAGGCCUGGCUGAGUACAAGGGAAAAAGCUACAGGUUCAUGGUCAUGGAGAGACUGGGGCAAGACCUUCAAAGAAUCUUUGAAGAUUGUGGAAGCAAGUUUAAGAAGGAGAUUGUCCUGCAACUUGGGGCACGAAUGUUGGAUACUUUGGAAUACAUACAUGAAAAUGAGUAUGUCCAUGGGGACAUUAAAGCAGCAAAUCUCCUUCUGGGCUACAGCAAUCCACAUGAGGUUUAUCUUGCAGAUUAUGGACUUUCCUACAGAUAUUGUCCCAAUGGGAACCACAAACAGUAUCAGGAAAAUCCUAGGAAGGGCCAUAAUGGGACAAUAGAGUUUACCAGCAUAGAUGCCCACAAGGGAGUAGCCCCAUCCAGACGAGGUGACCUUGAAAUCCUUGGCUACUGCAUGCUGCAGUGGUUGUGUGGGAAGCUGCCCUGGGAGCAGAACCUCAAGGACCCUGUAGCUGUCCAGACUGCAAAAACAAAACUUAUGGAUGAGCUCCCAGAUUCAGUGCUGAGGUGGGAUUCUCCUGGAAGCAACUGCAGUGAAAUAGCCAAGUUUCUGGCCUCUGUUUCUGGCUUAGCUUAUGCUGAGAAGCCAAAGUAUCAAGUGCUGAAGAAAAUCCUGCUGGAUGGCCUGGAGUCAAGUGGGAUGCGUUACGACGGCCCUCUGGAAUUUUCCACGGCAGCAGCAGCGAGCACACGGAAUCACCGCGCUGCUAAGGCACCCAGAGCUCGCCUCCCAAAGUCUCCACCAAAACCAGCUCAGCAGAAGGGAAAAAAGCUGGAAGGUGAAGAACCUGCCUGUCAAAACAAAGCGUGUGUGGGGGUGACAGGCACACAGCUCCUGGGAAAAGAAAAGCCAAAUACACGGAGCAGGAAGCCUCCCCCAGCAGAGCUGCAGCAGCACACAGAGUUGCUGUCUGUACCUCAGCGGGCUCCCUUGCCCAGGCCUUCCUCAAAAGCAGUGCAGCAGAAGGAGGACACAAGGCACGGGGACCACUCCAGCUGCCUGAGCAGGCCCCACACCCGGGGAACACGGCGGCAGCUCCAGGUGGAAGAGAAGCCACUUAGAUUUUACACUACACAGCAGGAGCCUGAGCACCCAAAACAGUCUGAUCAUCACUGCCUGGAGACUCCGGUACAAGCUGGGAGAGGGAAGCAGCAAAAGCACAGCUGUACCUGAGAGCACCAGGCAGGACAGUGGUGAGCAGAACCAUCCUGGGACAUGUUUUGGCUGCCAGCAGGGGAGAUGGAGUCUGACAAGUCACACACAACUUUAGAAUAGGAAAGCAUUCCAGUGCUACUUCCUAGUCCUCAAAUGUCAAGUUUUUGCAGAGAAGGGACCAAUCACUGGGCUGAUGGUUAGAUUAUAUUUGUGUUUGGAUUUAGUUUUUCUAAUGGAAAAGCUGCUAUUGCAAUAGGAUUAAACAUGCUAUUUCUAUGUAGAAUCAUUCUGUGGUACUCACUGAAUGGGUGUUGGAUACCAUUUAAGCCAUUCAAAUGAGAAAAUGGAGAAGGAAAAAAGGCAGGAUUUUCUUAGCUUCAUUUUGCAGAAUUCCUCUCCAUUUCUCUCACAUAAUUCAGGAGCUUGGUAAUAGAAAUCUCUCUAGGAAACCAAAGUAGUUCCUGGUGCAAAGGGACAGUGGAAAGAGAGUCAAGUCUCAGCUAAGUUGUGGUGUUUGGGGAUCCCUUUCAGAGAUGGAGGUGGGCCAAGGACAGCAUUGCUGCUGGAGAUGUAGAACAGUCCAGGCACUCCUGGCCAGCCAGAACAAACCCCACUUUACCAGUUCAUGUUCCUUGUGGUGAGCAUAAGUUCAGCUUCACUGUGAAAUGCAAAAAAUUAACCUAAAUCAAACCAGC